AUGUGGGAAGAUCUCAUUGAAUAUUUGAAAGAUCCAUUGUUGGUGGUUAAGGUCCAGAACUUUUUCGGUGUCAUCUAUAAAAAUAUAUCCACCGAAGAGUCUAAUGAAGUUACAAAUUCAGAAACUUUCGACAGAAAGAACAGUGAUGUGGAUAUAAGACAACAUAAAAGAAUUCCUAGUAAUAUAUCGAACAGCUCCCAAUCUUCGUAUGACACUGAUACCUCCGCAGAAAGCACGGGAAAAGAUGAAGUGGAAUGCCACAUCAGUAAUAAGUUCUGGUACUGGCUAUUUGUUAUUGGCACAGCUCUUGGUGAUGAGAUUUUUUAUGCAACAUUCAUACCAUUUUGGUUCUGGAACAUUGAUGGAGCAGUGGGAAGAAGAGUUAUCCUUGUCUGGACUGUUGUUAUGUAUAUAGGUCAGGGCUUCAAGGACAUAAUCCGGUGGCCCCGGCCCGGUUAUCCGGUGAAGAAGCUUCAGCAGAAGUGGGCCAUCGAGUACGGGAUGCCCUCCACCCACGCGAUGGUGGGGGUGUCCAUACCGUUCUCGGUGCUGUUGUACACCAUGGACAGGUACCAGUAUCCAGUGCACUGGGGCUUUCUGAUAGCGGUGUCUUGGUGCACCCUGAUCUGCGUCAGCCGCGUCUACUUGGGCAUGCACAGCGUCCUAGACAUAGCUGCCGGGCUACUGUUGUCGUCGGCGCUACUGGUGCCUCUAAUACCGCUGGUUGACCGCCUGGACGGCGUUCUCCUCACGGGCUCCUACUCCCCAGUACUCAUCCUCGCCGUCUCGAUCUUGGUGGUGGUGUACCACCCCCACGCCGACAAGUGGACCCCGACGAGGGGCGACACCACGAUGAUAGUGAGCGUGUGCGCCGGCAUCCUCGCUGGCUCGUGGUGCAACUACCAGCUGGGCAACAUGAGGGCCAGCGGCAGCCCGCCCCCCUACCGCAUCAUCUGGCCCUCCGUCGAGAUGCUCGGCUGCACCAUUCUGAGGACGGUGCUGGGCCUUUGCGGGGUGCUGGCCACGCGCGCCGUCGCCAAGUCCGCCUCGUACGCGGUGCUGUGCGCGUUGCUGCCCGGCCACAGCUGCCACACCUGCCACAGCUGCCACAGCGGCCACACCGGCCACGGUGGCCACAGCGGCCGCGACGUGGCCGUCGAGCUGUGCUACAAGUACUUCACGUACGGCCUGAUCGGCUUCAACACCACCUACGUGUUCCCGAACGUGUUCCACCUGCUCAAAAUAAACAGGCCCACGUACUACACGGAGAUU